AUGGACAAAGUACACAACAGUGAACCUGAAGCUCUUCGUGCGUUGAAAGACGAACACGCUUCAAAGAGGCAAGAUAUCACAUUUCAAGAAAAACAGGCACCUAGUCCAUAUUCCUCAGCUAGGGCAGCUCUGGAACAAUAUAUCACGAAAAUACAGAAGGAUGUUCUGAGUCAUGAGAGAGCCCUCCGUCUGAUUGGUUCCCGAAUGCCCUUGUUCAACGCAAUGGAUGAGACAAAACAAUGGCUUAAAGCGGCUGGAAAAUUUGCCACCGAUGAGGAGUUUAACGCACAUGGGGAAAAAUUGCGCCAGUUACUCGAACAGUUGGAUCAGAAGAUGUGCGAGGCCGAAACUGCCCUAAAGCAGUUUCACGAAUUACGCCAGGUACUAUCCCUGCAGCUAAUUACUGUGAGAUUUUCUUGA